AUGGAACGCUGGGUUCUAGAAGGAGAUAGAUACUCAUUACUUCGCAGUGCUCCACACACGUUCAACCUGCAAAAUCGUGAUGGCCCAAAUCAUGUGGAGAUCUUUGACAUCACUGCUAUCCCCAGCCCUCGUAGUCCCAUAGCUGAAACAACAUGCCUUUGUGACAUUUUUGGGGAUGACGGUGAAUCUCCGUCACUUUCUAGUAGCCCAGCAUCUGCCAUAUUUCUCAGGAGGGAAGUGAAUCAGCCUUUCCCAACAGAUGAUGCUAAUGACUCUUCAGGAUCUUAUCACACUGCCAAUGGAUCUGACUUAAGUGACACACCUUCUCCAAAUUUAAAGGAUUUUUCCACUUCUGAGACCUGGGAGUCAAUUUCACAACCAAUUGUGUCAACCAUCUCAUCAGAUUCCAAAAAUGAACUUUACCCUUUUGAUUGCACACCACCUGCAGCCAAAAUAAAUUGUGAUGACCUUUCACAUACAGAUAACUGGGCAGAACCCCAAGUGUCAGUGAGCUCCACCGCAGUGAAUGAAACAGAAAACACAAAUGCAUCCCAAUCACAAGAUAUUAAUUCAAAACCAGUUACUAGUCUGAUUAUUCCAGCAAAGGAGCCUUCUGAUCCCUCAAGUAAAACUAGUACAACAUCCUCAUUUUUGGAGGACAGUGCAGAGCUAGGAGGAAUGACUGCGACAUGUCAGCAUACAAGUACAAACACAUGUUUAGAUAGACAAGUCUGCAUACCCUUAUAUGAGUCUACAGACUGUGCAUCAUCUCCACAGUUACGUUUGGCAGAAUCUCCACCUGAGCAAAAUAAUGUGGUUUCUUCUGAGAACAAAGAAAGUAUGAACUAUCAUAGUUCACUCAAGAAAACCUCCCACCUUGCACAAGAGAUGAUUAAAAGUGUUACCCCAUCAGAAUGGUCAAAUACUUCUCAGCGAGACCGCAUUUGUAGCCCAAUUCAGGAAAUGUCCACUUUGCCAGAAAACAGAGAUAUUAAUUUCAUACCUGUACCCAGUGACAGACCUGAGCUCAAAGUAACUUACACUUCACCUGUAAGCAUGGAUAUUAGCGUCACACCUAUGUCCACAAGUAAGUCUUCACCUGAGCAGCUGCAUUUGAUUUCAACUCAAGUGGGGAACACCUCAGAGUUUCCAUACUUGGAGGAUACCUAUGGUGCAUCUUCAGCUGUAUCUACUCCUCCAACCAAUGAUAAUAGAGAAAUAGAUUCUCCAACUGUGUCGACUAUUUCCACGGAAACAAAAGAGCUUGUGUUUCCAUCCAAUCAGAUAUCGGUCUCUGCAGAUGACAAAGAGAUCAAUGAAAUCUUCUCUCCUGAUAACUCUGCACUAGCUCACUCACCAGAACAUGUAAUAAUUGACUCACCUAUGGGUUAUACCAUAAGCCCAUUGCCUAUAAAUGAGAGAAAGGUUUAUUCAACUGAACCUGAACCUGAAGCCUCAUCAUCAUCCCCUGUUUUCACAGGGAUUGAUUACAGUGAAAUCUGCUCAUCUCCUGAUCAUUCAGCUCCAAAUCACUCACCAGAACCAGUAAAGAUUUACUCACCAAUGUGUUAUACAAUUAGUCCAUUAUCUACAAAUAGAAGAAAUGUUAAUUCAGCUGAGCCUGAAAAGUUACCAUCCUCACCAAUUGUCACAAGUUUUGAUAACAGUGAUAUCUGCUCUUCUCCUGAUCACUCACUUCUAGCUUACUCACCAGAACCAGUAAUAAUUCACUCACCUAUGGGUUAUUCAAUUAGUCCAUCACCUACAUAUGGAAGAAAUGUUAAUUCAGCUGAGCCUGAAAAGUUACCAUCCUCACCAAUUGUCACAAGGAUUGAUAACAGUGAUAUCUGCUCUUCUCCUGAUCACUCAUUUAUAGCUUACUCACCAGAACCAGUAAUAAUUCACUCACCUAUGGGUUAUUCAAUUAGUCCAUCACCUACAUAUGGAAGAAAUGUUAAUUCAGCUGAGCCUGAAAAGUUACCAUCCUCACCAAUUGUCACAAGGAUUGAUAACAGUGAUAUCUGCUCUUCUCUUGAUCGCUCAUUUCUAGCUUACUCACCAGAACCAGUAAUAAUUCACUCAUCUAUGGGUUAUUCAAUUAGUCCAUCACCUACAAAUGAGAGAGAGGUUUAUUCAACUGAACCUGAAGCCUCACCACCCUCCCUUGUCAUCACAGGGAUUGAUAACAGUGAUAUCUGCUCCUCUUCUGAUUACUCAGUUCCAGCUCAUUUACCACAACCAGUAGUAAUUCACUCACCUAGGGGUUAUUCCAUUAGCCCGUCUCCUAUAAAUAAGAGAAAUGCUAAUUCAACUGAACCUGAAGCCUCACCAUCCUCUCCUGUCAUUCAAGGUAUUGAUUACCGUGAAAUCUGCUCCUCUCGUGAUCAUUCAAUUCCAGCUCAUUCACCAUUACCAGUAAUAAUUCACUCACCUUUGGGUUAUACUGUUAACACAUCACCUACAAAUGUGUUAAAGGUUUAUUCAGCAGAGCCUGAUGACUCAUCAUCAUCCCCUGUCAUGACAGGGAUUAAUUAUGCAGCAACGCCUACAUUCAGUAGGGAUUCCACACCUGAAUUAAGGAAAAUUACCCCCACUCCGGACAACAGACUAAACUACCUUACACCUGAACAAAAAUCUUCAGCACCUUCACCAGAACUGAGAUCAGUCACCUGCUCACCUGAAAUCAAGACAAUUACAUACAGUGUUCUGUCACAAACUACAAAAUACCCAGUGAUUGGAGGCAUUAAAUAUAGUGUUGUUUCACCAAAUGACAUUUUGGCACAGUCACCUAAGGUAGAUACAACUGUCUAUGGCAACUGUAUUGAAAAUUCUAACUCUCAUUUUAGAAAUGAGUCCUUGGUCUCACCAACCUCAAGAAUGUUUUUGUUAACACCAGAGAGCAUAUCAAGGCCAUCAUCAUCUGCUUUAAACCAUACAAGAGAUACAACAUUAUCCCCUGAUCUUCAACUAACCCUGGAGCCUUCCAUCCAUUUGGAACAGACAGACAAUCAAAUUUUACCCAUAAUUUGUGAUAGAAUGUCUCCUCCUUCCCCUAAUCCAAUAAACAGUAAUUUUGAUGAUCCUCCUCACUCAGAGAAUUUCAAUAGUGCAUCAGACCUAGUUCACAGUCAAAGGCAGAUCUUGCAAGAUUCACCAUCUAAACCCAUUAAUCCUGGAUCAUCAAUAGUACAAAAGGAAACAAAUCAGGAAAUUGUUGACAAUGACACAAGUGAUUUAAACAUGUGUGGAAUACCAACCUCCCUAAGUCUAUGUGAAUCAUCUGUGUCAAUGCCAGUGGCAUCUGUGCUGGAGAAAGAAUGCUUGGAGGUUUAUAACAGCAACAGUGGGACAGAAAUGUUGGAGAAUGAUUCUGCCAGUAGUGGAAAGAGGCUUAGCCAAGAGCCUAUAGCAUUGAGGGAAAGACCGGGGGCUAUCUGUUGGCAGAGGGGUGGAGAAUAUGACAGGCAGUCAUGCAGGGAAAAAGAAAGUGAAAAGAGGGAGGGAGACCAGUGUAUAUUGGGAGAAGGGGAGGAGAGUAUUAGAGAGAGUAGUUACAGAGGGGAACAGGUUGAGCUGUCAUUCAGUUCCAGGAAUAGAAAAGGGCCUGCAGGACACAGCCCAGCUCCCUCUAGUCGAGACCCAAAGUCGGGAAUUCCAGCUAACUCUUAUUUUGAGUCACACCCAGCAACUCUGCAGCAACAGAGUCAGUUCAGAACACAGGGCUCACAACAAGAGAACAAGGGUGUCGCCAGGAGGGUCCAAUCAACUGUCAAGAGUAAAUACAGCAGUGCAGACUGUCUACCUCCAGAGUAUACUGGUGAGACCUCCAGCAUGGGAAGUGAGUUUGAUGAGGCAGACAAUGAGGUAAAGUGGCUUACAGAUCUGGCUUUCAGAAGCCUAUCUAGCCCUCAGGUGGAUUAUUUGGAUGUGUACAAUUCAAGCCACAGGUCAUCUACAAAUGUUUCACAGCCAUCAACCAUGGAUAGCCCAGGUGCUGUUGCAUGGAUGAACUAUGCAGACUUGCGUGGCUCAACUUUCCAUGAAAAUGAUGACUUGUUACACAGUUCCUCUUUUUUAACCCGUGAGGGCCUGGACCCGAACAAAGGCUUUGAGAUGGGGAGUUUUGAAUGUGUGGAUGUUGCAUUAGAUAGCAAGGAAGAGUCCAGCAGGAGAAAGAGGACAGUACCCAAGAGGCAGAUACAGCUGUUAAGGCGGAACACAGAUGAAUCCAUAACUAAAGGGAACAAUGGAAAUAUUUUGGCUUCACCCUCCACGCAUAGAUGCUCGAAAGACAUCCUUGUUCGCCAACAUAGCACACCAGCUUCUGUGCAAGAGGUCAUGUCCAGAGAGGACCCAAAUUCACCUAAAAAUGAUAGGAAAAGGACAUUGCAGAAAUCUGUGUCUUUAGAUGAUGCCUCCUCUAAGACCCAAAUGGCCUCCUGCAUUAUCAAGAGUGUGCUGUCAAAGAAAAUGCAGGAUGCACAAAAAGAAAUAUUAAAAAGUGAAGACCCAAGUCCAUCUAGGGAUAAAAACAAACAUCAUAAUAUUAGUCCCAGCUCCUUUGAUGGUCUACCAAGUAACAUGGAGAAGCAUAGCUUAAGUUCUAGCCAGCAUUCUGAAUGUAAUCUUUCAACUGAAGAUUUUGCUGUCAGAGAGGAAAAAAAUCCACAUUGGCAGGUGAAGAAGUGUGCCCCAAAAGUUCCUCCAAAACCAGUAUUAAGACCUGCAUUUUUUAACACAGGGGAUGCUGAGCUACCAGACAACUUAUCAAGGGAUGAAAUUAGGCCCAAAUUGUCUCUCCCAGUUGAAGAGAAAGUCUGUACGAAUGAUGGGAAGAAGGGAAGAAGUGGCAACCUGGGAGAGAGGUUCAAUAGUGACUCAGCAAAUGCCAGAGCCAGGAACACAAGUGUUGCUGUUGCCACUCAAGCAGAAAGCAUGCAGAGCAGAACAAUAAGCAGAGACACAGAGUGCCAAAUGACACCAGAAAACCAAAGACAACAGGGUGGCAAAUGCAUAUUUAUGUCAAAAACUCCAGAAAUAACUCUUUCCACAAUCAAAGAAAAAAAGAAGUCUUCUUUGAAAGUUUCUCUAUCCCCUGAUGUAGAACGGUCCAGAGAAAUGUGUGAAUGUCAGUCUGCAGAGGAUAUAAACACCAAAUCUAUGGAAGUUACAGAAACUGAAGAAGAUAAUGACAACAACAAAGCAAAAUCUGUCAUACAUAGAGUUAGAGAUGUAAGAAAAUUGGUUAAAAACUCAUACAACCUGUCUUUUAAAGCAUCAAAUACAACCUCUACUGCAGAAGACACACCCAUUCAAGAGGAAAGAGAGAAGCCACCACAAACUCCUCCAGCCUUGAACAUUAAAUGUAAAGCUAUUAGUUGGAAGGACAAGCAAACAUCAGGCAGUAAAGCAAUCCACUGGCAAGGUGAAAAACAGGCUGUUGACAUAUCAAAAACAUCUCAACCGCAUGUGGGCACAGGGAAAAGCAGAGAUACUGACAGCACUGGAAAAACAUCCAAAGCCCCUCUGCUAAAGAUACUAACUACUGAACCUAAAGUGACAGAUUCCCAGUUUGCAAACUUAGAUGAAUUAAUUGAAGUUUCAAGAUCUUCCAAUCACUCUGAUCCGAGUACUAAGCAAGGGAUGCCCCCUAGACCCCCUAGUAAGGAGAGGGAAGUGUCUGCAUUGGUGGUUCUGCAGGAUGGCCCAUCCAAGACAAUUCAGAGUACCUCUGACUAUAAAAGCACUAACCCCACUCAAAUAAAAGCAAAAAGCAGCAGCCACUCUGUCUCCAUGCUACUUAAGGAGAAAGGAAUGCAGGCGGAUAUUGGAGUGUGUGAUGUUGUCGCUGAAGGUGCGAGUGCUACAGCUAAACAUGUCAAUAGACUUGAGGUACCUUUGCAGGCCUGUUUAUUAGAAGUUAUCUCAGAUGAAGCACAAGUAAAUACAAAAAAUGCAGCAUUGUCUUGCAAUUUAACACUUGUUGACAACAGUUCCUUGAGGACAUCCCAUAGUCAGGAUGGCCCUCAGUUUCAGUCAAAAGAACAAAGUGAGAGUCCCAAAGGAACGCUGGCAGAAGAAUCUUCAAUGCAACAAAGGAAGGAAGAAAAAAAUAAAAAAUUAACUGCCACCACAACUAUGAUACAAAUGCCAACUAAUCUAACAACAUUAUUCAAGCCAGAGGCGAUAUCUUUUUCAAGUAAUUCAAAAAAUAACGCUUUGCCAGCGACUGCAUCAAAAGAGAUUGAGUUACCUAUACAAGUUAGGUCAAUAUCCAGUGAUAGGCUGAAACCAUUUGUGCCACCAAAACCCAGCUAUAAAAAGUCAUUUGCAGAGAAAAAUGAGAUACCAGCAACACUGAUUUACAAAGAUCAACUGAAUGAGGCCUCAUCAAGCAAUACACAAAAAUUAGGUCUAUCGGCUGUAUCAGGCGACAAACCUCCACCUAUUCCAGUGACAACAACUCCAAGUUCUGUGCAGAAAUCUAACACAAUGACAUUCGCCAGUGUGGAUCAACACCAAUAUUCAACCAAUAGCACUUGCCAGCAACUGACCACAUCCAUUAAUCAAGACCAGUCAAUACUAGCUAGUUCUUUUGUUUCCAAUCCAUCUGUGAGGCCCACAGGUCCACAUGCCCAUAGUCACACACAACCUGUGUCAAGAGCAUCACCUAAUGACAGAUUUCACAAAGACGACUAUCGUUUCUAUGCAUCUGAUGACCCCCCCAGCUAUGAUGAGCGAGAGAGUUUUAGCACACUACAGUUGUCGGACUUGCCCCAACAAAAGCCGUACAUGCAUCCAACCACUAAGCAAUCUUCAUGUUCCUGCACAUUAAGUUCCCACUCACGUCGAGGUAAUCCCAACCACAGCUCAGAAGAAUGGAUUCCACCAGUCUCACAGUCCCCAGGCCAAGUCCUCACCUGUCCAGGAGCUCCUCCACAGGCGCAGGUUCGUCCUCAUCAGAGCAGACCAGAUGGACAGGCCCAGAAUUACUCAAGAGUCUCACCAAAUUCCUCAAUACCCAAUGCCCCAGCUUUAAUUCAGCCUUUGCACCACCCAAGAACUUGUCCUGUGGCAAAAACACAACCCUACAGUGGUGACCAAUCACCAGCUUCUGGGCAGCACAGGGACAGAGUCCCAGUAAGUCAUCAUUCUCCACAAGCAGCAGAUCCUGUACCAUAUCAUGAAUACCCUCCAGCUAACAUGUCUACUUUGGAUCCCAGAACUCAGUUGUUUAAUCCCCAAGAUUUGCCACCAUCCUUUGGUCAUGAUUAUGGGAGUGAAGUUCCAGGUGGAGCCAGUGUAUUAUAUCCAGAGAAUGCAAAUGGACCUAGCUGUGGACAAGGUCCUCGUCGUGUACUUCUUGAUCCUGAGACUGGUAAAUACUUUUAUAUCGAGGUACCAAUGCAGCCACUCAGAAAAAUGCUGUUUGAUCCAGAAUUGGGCCAGUAUGUGGAAGUUCUCAUACCGCAGCAGGCAAUGUCCCACUCUGGGCUGUACCCACCAGCUGCACCCCCAUACUCCUCUCUGCAAAAUCCAGGUUUAUAUGCACCACAGUACCUACCUUAUGCAAUGCCAUCUUACACAGCAAUGCCAAGCAGUGCCCAGCAAGCACGACAUCUAGAGCCACCUCCUGUCCCCACAACGCUUCACCAGACCUCUCUAAGAUAUGGAAGCCCUGCAAGCCAGAUGCCAAAAAAUGAACCAAAAUGCCACUCGUCACUGGAUCAAAGCUAUUUAGAGACAAUGUAUUACAUUCCUACUGGGAUGAAUGCAAGUCCAAAUUCUACCCCUUCAGGCUGUUACCACAAGCCACCUUCAAGCAUGCCUCCUUCAGGAGGAAGAAGAGCAUGAAACAACUGUAGAAGUAUGCAUCCUGUUUACAUUAGAAAUCUUUUCUAGUGAGCAGGGUUUUUCAUUCAGGAAGGAUCUAAAAAAAAAUCUACAUUUAGAGUCAAUAUUUGUGGUUUCUCAUUUGGAAGACUACACGUUUUUGCAUUCUUCUACACGUCUUGCUGUUUUUUGUUGUUGUUGUUUUUUUUGCAGCAGCAGCAUCUUGUGCACCACAUUUUAAAGGGUUUACCCUACACCUGCUUUAAGACAUCUGCAUUUUGCUUUUUUGUGCAAGAACUCAUUCGGUCUAAAUGGCCCUUAAGGUUGCAGAAUUAAAGUUGUUUUGGCUGCUUUUAUUUCAAAAUAACUAUAAAAAGUACAAUGUUGUGACAUUUCUAAAUGUGCUGUUUGCUGACAUUGGAUUAAUCAUGGUUGUCAUUGUCUUGUGUACUGUCCAAACGAUAAAGUGAAAUAAUGUGAGUCCUUCUCUUUUCACUUAUGUAUCUAUAGGCCAAGCUUAUGAAAAUAGUAAUCCUGUCUUUUAAAGCUGGCAUGGUUCAAUCAACAAUACCUUCUCCUUGAACACCCUUAAAAGUUACACGUUAUGUAUUUCUGUGGUGAUUUAUUUAGUAAUGUCUCGGUUCAGACAAAAAUUCUAAAAUCAUUAUAUGACAUAAAUGAAUGUCUUUGUGCAAGGCCUUUGAUGUGCCCUGAUUGGUUGUGCAAGUAAAAUAAUGCUGUACAUUUGGGUAAAAAACAAAUAUGUCAAUGAGCAGGAUCAUCAGUAUCAAAACUGCUUCAGAAUAGUUUUCUAUCAUCAGAAGAUUGCCAUUGACUAUAUUUUACACAUGGAUGCACUCAAUUAAAGAUGAAUUGUGUACAGUUCACACGUCUGAUAUGUUCUAAUUGUCUAAUGUUUUGUUAUGAUGAUGACUUUUGAGUAAUUGUAAAGAUAAAAGCUAUGUUCAUAAAUACUUAAAUUACUGCAUUAAUUAUAGUCACACCUUAGCUUAAAGGAAAUAUAAGAGUGUCCAACUCUUGAAAUGCAACUAUUUCAUGUUGACAUAUCACACGUUCUCCAUUUUGGGAGAACACUUGCCAGCCACUGCACAAUUUAAGAUGACCCACUUUGAUAUUAGGACUACUAGUGCAUCAUUUAAGUCUAAGGCUGACAUCUAGUGGACAAGUCCCAUCUGUCCACAGAUUGCUCUCAAUGAUGUUUUAUAUUGCAUGAGAUGAUUUGCUAUUUGAGGGAGGAAAAAAGAAAGAAAUGCUGGCUGGAUACUGUAAACAAUGUGCCAAUGGGGCCAGUGCCCUGGGGUCUCUGGCUACCAUAGAGGGGUCUAAAAGAAUCCCAGAAAAAAAGCCAGAAAACUGCAGAUGUAAAACCACAUAUAGAUUGGCACAAUGUAAAAUAAAUAAAGUCAUGCAAAUAAAUAAAGUAAUGCAAAUGUCAUCUUUUUUAGCCCCUUAUCAUCUCUUUUGCAACCUAUCAUGCACAUGAAGUGUUCAUUCUUGUUAUGGAGUAACUUAAUAUCUUCAAAUGCAGAUAUAAU